AUGGCUAGGUGCUUUACGGUGACUGUAUAUGACAGGGAUAACUCGGAGUACACCGUGGCAGAGACGACUCCGACUGGUUCAUUCUCACUGGGAAGCUACAGGGUCUCACUGGGUUCUCAGACAUGUGAUUGUGGAUACUUCCAGGCACUUCAUUUCCCAUGUCCGCAUGCAUUGGCAUGCUGUGCCUACUCACGUGUUACUUGGCAGCCAUACGUCCACCCGGUGUGUCGACUUAGUUCGGUUUUCAGUGUAUAUCAGAUGGGAUUCACUCCUCCCAUUCUGGAGGAUUUCUGGCCACCUUAUGACGGGCCGACCGUUAUACCGGACCUGAGUAUGAGGCAUGCAAGGGAGGGUCGUCCGCGGUCCACUCGAAUACGGACCAAUAUAGAUGAGGCAGAUCUGAACCGGCCCAAGAGAUGUGGCCUCUGCAGGCAACUCGGACACAUUCGUCGGAGUUGUCCACAGGCCGGAGGACCCAGCCAUGCAGGGUGA